AUGAGGCAGACACUCCAUCUGUUUCUAUCUAUCUAUCUAUCUAUCUAUCUAUCUAUCUAUCUAUCUAUCUAUCUCAGUCUGUUUAUACAGGGAAUGACUGACUAUCUAUCUAUCUAUCUAUCUAUCUAUCUAUCUAUCUAUCUAUCUAUCUAUCUAUCUAUGUUUACAUCUAUUUAUCUCAGUCUAUUUCUAUCUAUCUAUCUAUCUAUCUAUCUAUCUCAGUCUAUUUUUAUCUAUCUAUCUAUCAAAUCUAUCUAUCUAUCUAUCAUACUCUUUUUACAGCUAACUCAAUCCUUGUUAUAUCUAUCAUACUCUGUUUACAUCUAUCUAUCUAUCUAUCUAUCUAUCUAUCUAUCUAUGUCCAUAUCUAUUUCGCUAGCUAGCUGUCUUAAUUUCGUUUAUCUCUCUAUAUCUAGCAAGCAUAAUAAUUACCUUCAUCACUCCUCCCUGACCAGUUGUGUUUGGUUCUUCCCUUUCUGUCAGUUGUCAACAUUUCCAUGCUGCCUGCUUUUUCCUACUCUGUCGAAAGGCAAUUGCCCGGUUCCGCCUAGUUCAUCUCUUUUUGACCGUAGUCAGCUGACCGGUCUUCCCCGGUUUCAUUCUCUAUGUCAGCAGCCGACUUCCCUGUUGUGCCAGGUUCAUCUCUUUGUCGACAGUAUACCGCCCGGUUCCUCCCAUCGGCAGUCAGCUUCCCGGUUCAGGCCUGGUUAUCUCCUCUGA